AUGGAGCCAAUUCUUGAAGUAGAAUUGUUUGAUGUUUGGGGAAUCGAUUUUAUAGGUCCCUUUGUGAGUUCCUAUGGUAACAAGUAUAUCCUUGUGGCCGUGGACUAUGUGUCUAAAUGGGUGGAGGCCGUUUUGCUUCCCAAUAAUGAAGGAAAGAGUGUCACCGGGUUCUUGAAAAAGCACCUAUUCUUAAGUUUUGCGACUCUAAGGGCAAUCAUUAGUGAUAGGGGAUCUCAUUUUUGCAACCGGUUGUUCAAAACGCUUCUUGAAAAGUAUGGAGUCAAGCAUAGAGUUGCCACCCCUUAUCAUCCCCAAACAAGUGGUCAAGUUGAAGUGACCGAUUGGUCAAGGAAGUUGGAUAAUGCUCUAUGGGCCUAUCGAACUGCAUACAAGACACCAAUUGGCAUGUCCCCUUAUCAAUUGAAAUUUGGAAAAUCUUUUCACCUCCCAGUGGAACUUGAACAUAAGGCAUUUUGGGCCUUGAAAAAGUUGAAUGUUGAAUGGGGUGAUGCCUUACAAUUGCGGUUGGAUCAACUUGAUGAGCUGGUUGAAUUCCGAUUUAGAGUCUGUGUGAGCUCUUCCAUUUACAAGGCCCGCAUGAUGCAUUUCCAUGACAAAAAGAUCUUGAAAAGGGAUUUUAGCCCCGGAUACCGAGUGUUAUUGUUCAAUUCAAGGCUCCGGUUGUUUUUGGGUAAAUUGAAGUCUAAGUGGUCAGGUCCCUUUGAAGUAACACAAGUGUUCCCACAUAGAGCAAUUGAACUUGUUGGUCCGGAUGGAGAGCACUUCAAGGUGAACGAGCAAAGGGUUAAGCAUUACUUUGGCUUACCCAAUGAAGAAAAGACAAUUGAGGUCACCUACCUCAACGAACCAUGA